AGAAACACCUGGUGCUGCUGAGGGACGGCCGGACGCUCAUCGGGUACCUGCGGAGCAUCGACCAGUUCGCGAACCUGGUGUUGCACCAGACUGUGGAGCGCAUCCACGUGGGCAAGAAGUACGGCGACAUCCCUCGGGGCAUCUUCGUGGUGAGAGGCGAGAAUGUGGUGCUGCUGGGGGAAAUUGACCUGGAGAAGGAGAGCGACACACCUCUGCAGCAGGUGUCCAUCGAGGAGAUCCUGGAGGAGCAGCGGGUGGAGCAGCAGGCCAAGCAGGAGUCAGAGAAGCUGAAGGUGCAGGCUCUGAAGGAGCGAGGGCUCUCAGUGCCACGUGCUGACACAUUGGAUGAGUACUGAGGGGCUGCCCCUCUCCUGCAGGGAGCCAGGGCUGCUCCAGGACCCCCCUGGCAGGCACACACUGCCUGGAGAGGCAGGUUUCACUUUCAGAUUGUCUUUUCUGUGGUGCUGGUAACUGUACACAAAUCAUGCCUUUGGUCUCCUUCUGGAGAAGGAGAUGAGGAGGGCCCAGCGCACUGGGAGUGCAAGCAUUUGUGUUUGGGAGGCGAAUCACUGCUCCUUGGCUUUGUUUGCUUUUUCCUCCUCACAUGACUCUGGGUGAGAGUUUCCUUGACAUGUAAAUAAAUCCUUGAUCCUGAUCCUGA